UGAAAGCCACUAUGCCCAUCUGGGUGGUUCUGCUGUCCCGGAUCAUCAUGAAGGAGAAGCAGACGACGAAGGUGUACCUGUCCCUGAUCCCCAUCAUCACUGGGGUCCUGCUGGCCACGGUCACAGAGCUGUCCUUUGACAUGUGGGGACUCAUCAGUGCCCUCGCUGCUACGCUGUGCUUUUCUCUUCAGAACAUCUUCUCAAAGAAGGUGUUGAGGGAUUCCAGAAUUCAUCACCUUCGCUUGCUGAACAUCCUUGGCUGCCACGCUGUGUUCUUCAUGAUCCCAACCUGGGUCCUGGUGGAUCUUUCUUCCUUCUUGGUAGAGAAUGACUUGAGCUCCAUGUCCCAUUGGUCCUGGACCUUGAUGCUGCUUAUAAUCAGUGGAUUCUGUAAUUUUGCCCAGAAUGUGAUUGCCUUCAGCAUCCUGAACCUGAUCAGCCCCCUGAGUUACUCGGUGGCCAAUGCCACCAAGAGGAUCAUGGUGAUCACCGUGUCCCUGAUCAUGCUGCGCAACCCCGUCACCAGCACCAACGUGCUGGGCAUGAUGACAGCCAUCCUGGGGGUCUUCCUCUACAACAAGACAAAAUACGAUGCAAACCAAGAGGCAAAGAAGCAGCAGCUUCUCCCAGUGACCACUGGAGACCUGGUGAGCUUGGAGAGGCACCGAAACGCUGCUGAGAAAUCCCAGAAUGGACUCGCAGCCUUCGGCCAGCACGGGGACUUCCUGCGCAGCAACGCCCUCACAGAGCACUUCCAGUUCAGCAGGCAGAGCUACCCCACAGCCUACAACCUCAACAGGUUUGACAUUUAGCACCUCCUGGCACACAGGUACAGACUGUGACAUCAAAGUGUCCCCAGCAUUAUCAGAACACUUCCAGUACAUCCAUGAAUGUCACGGAGCCAUUGGGGUGUGCAGCUUUGCAGGGCAGGGCAGGGGAGCGGUGCAGGAGCUGCUGGGCUGAGCUUUAAACCUGGGACAGCCAGACCUGGAACAGCUUUAAAGCAGACCUGGAACAGCUUUAAACCUGGGACAGCCAGACCUGGAACAGCUUUAAAGCAGAGC